AUGCGCACAUCCGCUCUCGUUGCCGUGUCGGCUGGCACCGUCAUCACCGGUCUGCUCGCCUAUGCUGCCUACUUCGACUACAAGCGCCAGUCCGACCCCGAGUUCCGCAAAUCCCUGAAGCGCGACAACCGCAAGCUCGCCAAGGCUGUCAAGCAGGAGGCAGAGGCCCACGGCGCCGCCCAGCGCGAGUCCAUCAAGGCCGCCAUUCAGAGCGUCAAGGCCGAGGGUUUCCCCACCGACUUGGAGGAGAAGGAGUCCUACUUCAUGAACCAAGUCGCCAAGGGCGAGGGACUGUGCUCCGAAGGUGACAACCAGAUCGAGGCUGCCAUUGCUUUCUACAAGGCCCUCAAGGUCUACCCCCAGCCCAAGGAUCUGAUCUCCAUCUACGACAAGACUGUCCCCAAGGAGGUUCUUGAGAUCCUCGCCGAGAUGGUCGCCAUGGAUGCCAGCUUGAACCUGGGUGGUACCUUCACCGGUGGCUCUGACGCUGACGCUGCUCCCAGCGCCGACAACCACGGUGUUGAGUAA